ACCCAAAUUCUCUGAAAAAGUACAGCCAAUGAACUCAAGAAACUCACUCUCCUUCUCUCUCUAUAAUUAGGAUUUUGAGAAAGACUUUGACGAGUAUACGUAUACAUAUACGUGAAACCUACUGUAUCUCGAUCCUUGAUUUGGGUUUGAUUGAAUUAAAUUAGACUAAUUAAUGAUAAAUAAGAAGAAGAAAGGAGUAAUGACUGCUUAAAAUUGUUGUCAAUUUCAACUUCCGGUAACUUUAAGAGAGUCCACUUUUCAAAUCCUACUUUGAGAAUGACGCAGAGGCGGCCACAGGUAGUAAGUUAGCUGAAAGAAGUAGGAUGUCCGGAGCCAAAGUUUUUUUCUUUUAUUUCAGUUCUGUUCGAUGCGAUGAGAAAAAUCCUUUGGUUUAGGUGUGGGGCUUCUCCAUUUGUUUUGGUGUAGAAGAAAUCUUUGAAAGAUUUUUUACUUAGGAUUCCGUCGAAUUAUUGUCAUUUUGUAUUAUUUUGCAGUUACAAUCUACAGAGGUGGAGGGUUAAGAUUAUUGUUAACAAGUGUCUAAGUCCUGUACUGUGUUUUUUGGGCAAAAAAUGGUGCCACGAGGGCCUCCAACUCCGCUUGGUGGAGGAACCCGGCCUGUUCAGCCUUCGCUAUUGCGUUCUAAUUCGGGUUUGUUGAGUGGUCAGGGGGGUGGGAUGCCUUCCCAGAAUUCAUCUUCAUCUCAAUUAGUGCCACACACCCAGUUUAACAGCAUUAACAUGCUUGGAAAUGUGCCUAAUGUUUCUUCAUUACUCCAUCAGUCUUUUGGUGAUGGGGGUCUAAGUUCUGGGCUCUCUGGACUGGGGAGCUCACAACAGGGAAAUGUUGUUGGUGGGGCUGCGCCUGAUCCACUUUCCAAUGUUGGAAAUGGAGUGGGAUUUAAUCCUCCUUCCUCAUCAUAUACAUCUUCUUCUAUAACAGCCAACCAAAGUUCAACUGGUCAAGUUCAAGGGCAACAACAAUAUGCAACCCCUUCUGGUAAUCAGAUGUUGAUGGAUCAGCAACCGCAACAAGCCCAACAAUUUGAUCCUCAAAAUUUUCAACAGAAUCAGCAUCAGUUGCAGCAGUUUUCUGCUCCCAGCAACUCCCAACAACAGCAGCAGCAAUUUCAAAAGAUGCGAGCUGGGCUAGGAGGCGUAGGAACUGUUAAGCUGGAGCAACAAGUGAUGAAUGAUCAAACACCACAGCAGUUGCAAACUUUACGGAAUCUUGGUAUUGUAAAAUUGGAGCCACAGCAGAUGCACGGUAUCAGAAGCAUGCCACCUGUCAAGAUGGAACCCCAACAUUCGGAACAGUCAUUGUUUUUACAGCAGCAGCAGCAGCAGCAGCAGCAGCAACAGCAACAUCAGCUCCUCCUGUCCAGACAGUCUCCUCAGGCAGCUGCAGCUGCUCAGAUCUUGCAUCAACAGAAGCUAAUGCAAUUCCAACAUCAGCAACAACAGCAACUGUUGAAGGCUAUGCCUCAACAAAGACCUGCAUUACAAUCACAAUUUCAACCAAAUUUGCUGAGUAGAUCUCCUGUAAAACCAGUAUAUGAGCCCGGGAUGUGUGCCCGGCGAUUGACGCAUUAUAUGUAUCAGCAACAACACAGACCUGGAGACAAUAAUAUUGAGUUCUGGAGAAAAUUUGUUGCCGAGUAUUUUGCUCCCAAUGCCAAGAAAAAAUGGUGUGUUUCCAUGUAUGGAAGUGGCCGUCAAGCUGCUGGAGUUUUUCCUCAGGAUGUUUGGCACUGUGAAAUAUGCAAUCGCAAGCCCGGCCGCGGAUUUGAGGCUACUGUCGAGGUUUUGCCUAGACUUUUCAAGAUAAAAUAUGAAAGUGGUACUUUGGAAGAGCUACUUUAUGUCGAUAUGCCCAGGGAGUAUCAGAAUUCUUCUGGACAAAUUGUAUUAGAUUAUUCAAAAGCCACCCAAGAGAGUGUCUUUGAGCAACUUCGUGUUGUUCGCGAUGGUCAACUUCGAAUUGUGUUCUCUCCAGACCUUAAGAUAUGCUCCUGGGAGUUCUGUGCUCGGCGUCAUGACGAGCUUAUUCCUAGAAGAUCGCUCAUACCACAGGUUAGCCAACUUGGUGCUGCUGCCCAAAAAUACCAGGCUGCAACCCAGAAUGGAUCAUCAAAUGCAUCUGUUUCUGAAUUACAAAAUAACUGCAACAUGUUUGUUGCAUCAGCUCGACAGUUGGCAAAAGCUUUGGAAGUUCCGUUGGUGCACGAUUUGGGAUGUACAAAGCGAUAUGUUCGAUGCCUACAGAUAUCUGAAGUGGUAAAUAGCAUGAAAGAUUUGAUUGAUCAUAGCCGUGAAACUGGCGCUGGUCCUAUGGAGAGCUUGGCCAAGAUUCCUCGGCGAACAAAUACUUCACCUGGGAGUUUUCAAGGUCAGUUGCAACAAUCACAGCAGCAGCGGCAAGUAAUGGUACCGACCUCAAACACUGAUAGCACUGUCCAGGCUGCUUCAGUGCAACUUAUUACUGGCAGUAACAUUCCAGGUGUUAACGACAGUCUGAACAUGGCUCCCGGAAAUUCCUCUACUAGUACAACUGUUGGGCUUCAUCACCCAAAUUCUAGACAACAAAACCUGACAUCUAAUGCAAACAGUCCCUUCGGAGGAAAUACUGUUCAAAUGCCAUCCCCGGGUUCUUCAAAUACUCAGCCUAAGCCUCACCCUAGUCCUCCCUUCCAAUCACCAACGCCAUCCUCAUCUAACAAUCCACAGCAGACUUCACAUGGAGCUCACACGCAUUCUGCAAACUCCUCAAAUAUCUUAAUGCAGCAGCCAACUCUUUCCGUGAAUGCAGAUGCAAAUGGUUCACAAAGCUCUGUUCAGAAAAUUAUACAGGACUUGAUGUCGAACCAGUUUAGUGGGGGUGGCAUGACGGGCAUUAGGACUAUGAGUAGUGAUGUGAAAAAUAUUAAUGGAAUGUUGUCAACAAGCAACAAUGCUGGUACAAGAAACGGAGUGGCCAAUGGUAAUCCAGGUAUAGGUGGAGUGUUUAGGAACACAGGCAACGGAAUUGGCCAAUCUGCCAUGGCCAAUGGGAUUCGAGCUGCAGUGGGUAGUAACUCUAUGAAUGGAAGAGAAGGGGACAUGACAAUGGCACGAGAUCUUGCUAACCAGCAGCAGCAGGAUCUAGGAAAUCAACUGCUUGGUGGUCUUGAGGCAGUUAAUGGUUUCAAUAACUUUCAAUUUGAUUGGAAGACGUCUCCCUGAUAAGGUCACCAUUCUCUUGGGUUGCAGCUACUUGUGCAUUCAAGAGCUUUUAGUCUUCUGGAAUAUUGAAGUGCAUAAUGGUAGAAGGAUAACCGCUCUCUUCUCCACUCUGCAGUUGUACUGAUUCGUAGGAAAGGAAAAUAUAUAGCAUAGUUUUUCAUGAUUUGCAAUGUUACAUCUUAAGUUUCAUUUUUUUUUAACUAACUUGAAUUUGCCUGGUUUGUGACAGCUCCUUACCUAUGGCAUGUUUGUUAUGUAGUUUAGGUAGGGAUAAUAGAGAAGAUUUAGUUUCUUUUUCUUCUUUAGUACCCCUUUGAAUACUGUACAGUCCACCUUGAACGAGCCAUAGCAAUUUUGGUAGGCACGCCAUGAGUGGCUCGGAUACCGUAAUCGGCUCAAUCUGUGCUUGCUAUUAUAGCUUUCCAUGAGGUAUUUGUAAACUGAGUUUGAGUCUCUGCCUCCAUUGGAACAUACCUGUGUUGCAAAGAAUUCAUUCAACACUGAUUUAGUUGACAUUAAAAAGUUUAUAUAGGGCUCGCUUGGUAGGUUUUCGUGUUUA